ACCGCCCGCUCGUACCCCCGCCGCUUCUCGCCUCUGUUAGCUGAAGACUCGCCUCUUAGCCGCCCGCCGCACAGACGCACGAGUAAAAAGUGCAGCUCCAUCGGCUGAUCCUCGCUAAGCUCCGAGUUUAGGCGGCACCGGGCGUCCCACGAUGCCGAAGAAUAAGAAGCGGAACACUCCCCACCGCGGUGGCAGUGGUGGCAGCGGCACAGGGGCAGCUGCAGCGACGGCGGCGACAGCAGGUGGCCAGCAUCGGAAUGUUCAACCUUUUAGUGAUGAGGAUGCAUCGAUUGAAACCAUGAGCCAUUGCAGUGGUUACAGCGAUCCUUCCAGUUUUGCUGAAGAUGGACCAGAAGUCCUUGAUGAGGAAGGAACUCAAGAAGAUUUAGAGUACAAAUUGAAGGGAUUCAUUGAUUUGACCCUGGAUAAAAGUGCGAAGACAAGGCAGGCAGCUCUUGAAGGCAUUAAAAAUGCACUGGCUUCAAAAAUGCUUUAUGAAUUUAUUCUGGAAAGAAGAAUGACUUUGACUGACAGCAUUGAACGCUGCCUGAAAAAAGGUAAGAGUGAUGAGCAGCGUGCGGCUGCAGCAUUAGCAUCUGUUCUUUGUGUUCAGUUGGGCCCUGGAAUUGAAAGUGAAGAGGUUUUAAAAACUCUUGGACCAGUCUUAAAGAAAAUAAUUUGUGAUGGAACAGCUAGUAUCCAGGCUAGGCAAACUUGUGCAACUUGCUUUGGUGUUUGCUGUUUUAUUGCUACAGAAGACAUUACUGAGCUGUAUUCAACUCUGGAAUGUUUGGAAAGUAUCUUCACCAAGUCCUAUCUCAAAGACAAAGACACUAAUGUUAUUUGCAGCACCCCUAAUACAAUGCUUCAUAUCAGCGCUCUUCUCGCAUGGACAUUAUUAUUGACUAUAUGCCCAAUCAGUGAAGUGAAGAAAAAGCUUGAGAUGCAUUUCCAUAAACUUCCAAGCCUCCUCUCUUCUGAUGAUGUCAACAUGAGAAUAGCUGCUGGUGAAUCGUUGGCACUUAUGUUUGAAUUGGCCAGAGGGAUGGAGAGUGACUUCUUUUACGAAGACAUGGACUCUUUGACCCAGAUGCUUAGGGCUUUGGCUACGGAUGGAAACAAGCACCGUGCCAAAGUGGACAAGAGAAAGCAGCGGUCGGUGUUCAGAGACAUCCUGAGGGCAGUGGAGGAACGGGAUUUUCCAGCAGAAACUGUUAAAUUUGGCCCUGAACGAAUGUAUAUUGAUUGCUGGGUCAAAAAACAUACCUAUGACACCUUUAAGGAAGUUCUUGGAUCAGGGAUGCAGUAUCAUUUGCAGUCAAAUGAAUUCCUUCGUAAUGUAUUUGAACUUGGACCCCCGGUGAUGCUUGAUGCCGCAACACUUAAAACGAUGAAGAUUUCUCGUUUUGAAAGGCACCUGUAUAACUCUGCAGCCUUCAAAGCUCGAACAAAAGCUCGAAGCAAAUGUCGAGAUAAGAGAGCAGAUGUUGGAGAAUUCUUCUAGCUUUUUAGCAUUUGGAAGACCACUUUCUAAAUUUUUUUUUCCCCUUUGGUAAUUCCUAAUGUAUUUAAACUAGGGAUAGUUUUUAUCUAGGGUCAGCAUAGAUAGCUUUUGUAGCAGGGGUUAUAUUAUAAUUUAAUGUACAGUAUUACAAAUGGUGAGUUCUGAUUACUGAAUAUUCUCUGUAAACAUAAACAUAAAUAAAGUGUAAUGUUUGGUCA